AGCACUUGCUGGUACGUACUGUGACUGCUUCGUGCUCGACCUUCUCUGUUUGCUUCACGCGUGCUUGCUUUGUCGGUGUGCGUAAUAGAACUCGUGCACCGUACAACACACACACACACACACACACGCACAGACAAGACAGCGAAACCACCGAGCGAGAUCCAGCGCAUACCGACAUCAGCACAGCCAACGCCGUGCCCAAGCGUCAAUUUCUGUGCACCGCUCUCACUACCGCUUCAGACCUUCCUGGUUUUCUAUACCCACAUAGCUCUGUCCGAUACGGCACCGACUUAGAAUUCUUGCUCUUCUUCUCAAAUAGCUUUACUGGCGCUGCUUUUGUGUACCUUCCCGGCGGCUGCCAGCCGCACAUUCGCGCCUGUAGUUAUCUCUUCCUGUGGAGUCUUCCCCCCUUUUUUCCUUGUUGCUUUAUCUUAACCAUUCAGCCUCCGAGUGUGCGAACGAAUCAACUGACCGGCCUUGACAUUACGCCGCAGUUACGUUCUUUUCUCUUUUUUCGACUGUGCUUUCCGAGGCGGUGACGGUCGCACAUACGCGGUACUGUACUAUUAGCAAGCAACAUCAGUAACUGUUUUAUUUUGGAAGAAACUUAAAAAAAAAAGCGAUGAGCAGCGCUACGGUGUCGCGGCCUCGCGUGUACGUGCGCAUCCGCCCGCUCAACGAGCGAGAGCAGCGUGAUGGCAAAGGCGCCCUCGCCUGUCUCGGCGACGCCCGCCAGCCCGAUGUGCUUUUCUUAAAGAAGGCCGAAGGUGCGGAGGAGCUGCAGGUGCGCUUCGAUCGUGUCUUCAACACCGCCUCCGACCAGAAGGACGUCUUCGACACCGUCGGCCCCGAGGUGCUGCGCACCUUGUUCAGCGGCUACAACGCUUCGAUUUUCGCCUACGGUCAAACCGGUAGCGGUAAGACGCACACGAUGGAGGGGAACAAGGCGGUCCCCGGUGCGGAUGACGGCCAAGGUCUCAUCCCCCGCCUCAUUCGCGGCAUCUUCGCCGCUUUCAAAUCGAACCCGGACAUCAGCGACGCCCUAGUGGAAGUGAGUCUCGUGCAGAUCUACCAGGAAAAGAUCCAAGACUUGCUGAACCACCGCAAGCAGCUGGAGAUCCACAUGGACCGCACCAGCCAGUACGUCGCCCGCGAUGCAACGUGGACCACCGUGCGCGAUAUGGAGGAGUGCAUGAAACUGUACAGCGAGGCCUCCCGCACGCGGGCGACGUCGGCGACGGAGAUGAACUUGGUCUCGUCGCGCAGCCACAUGAUUCUCAUGUUCCGCAUGCAAUGGGAUGAGCCGACGCUGCCCGGCUCCCGCGCGCAGCUCAAUAUGAUCGAUCUCGCUGGCUCGGAGCGGCUCAACGAGUCCGGAGCGACGGGGGAGACGAUGAUGGAAGCGAUCCACAUCAACAAGUCGCUGAGCGCGCUGGGCAACGUCGUGGCGAAGCUCGUAGAGCACGCGAAGCAGCCGAACAAGCGCACGCACAUCCCGUACAAGGACAGCAAGCUGACGUAUUUGCUGCAGUCCAGCCUCGGCGGGUCAAACCUCGUGCACUUCAUGCUGGCCGUCUCCGGCAGUGCCCUGUGGCGCAGCGAGACGACGUCGACGAUUGAGUUCGGUAAACGGGCGCUGCAGCUCGUGCUGAAGCCGGUGCGUAACGCCAUCGACUACACGCGGCUGGCGGAGAUGGAGGCGAUGAUUGAGCGGAUGCGGUCGCACAUCGCGUCGCUCGAAGAGGAGCUGCAGAACAAGCGCAACUCCGAGGCCGCCGGCUUCCUGCAGCUGCGUCAGAUCGCGCAAGACGGCGACACGGCGCAGCGCAAGCGACGCUCCGACAAGCAACUGAAUCGCAAGCACCUCAAGCGACAGACGGAGCUGACCCGCAUCAUGGCGAACCUGCCGGAGACCUUCGACGACCUGACCUCGCACUGCAUUCUCUUUCCCCAGUCGAAGGAGACCUUCCGCGAGCUGGGUGGGCUGGAGAAGCUGAUUCACUUCGUGGAGAAGUCCGCCUCGAACUUUUACCGCGCCAACUCCGCGCAGACCAUCGCGAGCGUCAUCGAUGACCCGGGCCGCGAGGCCUUCGCCCGUCUGGGUGGCUUAAACGCCCUCGCUGGCCUGCUCCGUGUGCAGGAGGAGCGCUGUAAGGAGGCGGCGUGUGUGGCGCUGGAGGCGGUCUGCCGGGGCUGCGUCACCAACAAGAACAGUCUGACCAACGAGGUGUACCAGGACCUGGCGGACCUCAUCUACGGCUACUCGAACCAGCAGGUGCAGGAGGCGGCGUGUGCGGCGAUUGCCUCGAUCGUGGACGGUUACCAGAAGGCGACGCGGCGCUUCGAAAAGCUGGAUGUGGUGCCGAAGCUACUCGAGACGAUCCGCACCUGCCCGGCGGAGGUGGUGAACUUGACGAAGGCGGCCACGAACUGCGUUGGGCGACUGGCCCACGGCGAUAAGGAGAUGCAGCGGACGAUCGCCGCGCUGGGUGGGGUGGAUUUGCUGAUUGACGUCCUCUUCAGCUCCUCGGGCGACCGCGACCACCAGGUGCCAAUCCUCGCCUCGUACGCGCUGGUGAACCUGUGCUGCAGCUCCGCAGAGAACUUGAAGAUGGCACGCGAGCACCCCCGCUACGACGAGGUGAAGUACCGCUUGCUGGAGGGUCUCGCGCGCGCCUUCGGCACGAACACCGCCCGCGAGGGCUUCGGCCGUGCCACCGCGCAGGAAACCGCAGGGCCCUUCCCUUACCACGGCGUCACCAUCCAAGACGCGUGGACCUACGCCUCGUCCGGCGGCCGGCCCAUCUUCUCGUCCUUCAUGGACAACCCACAGUUCUACCUCUACGUCCACCAGGAAACGGACAUCGCUUUUAUUAUACAGGACACCCUCUACGAGGUCCGCAUGCGCAAGAAGCGCCGCAACAACUCCGUCUACAUGGGCAUUGCCAUCUUCGAGGGCGACCCGGAUCUGGCGAAGGUGGGGCUGAAGCAGCUCGACUUUCACGGUAAAAUGAUCGAGAUCGGCCGCUACACUUCCAACUGCGAGAACGUGCUGCACUGCACCCUACCGGCGUCCGACACGCCCUACAUGGUCGUCCCCUUCACAAGCCAGAAGGGCCGUCACACGAACUUCGCGCUGUCCGCCUUUGGCAACCACCCGAUAGAACUGACGACAGUGCCGGAGCAGGUCGGGUGGAUGCAUACGGUGCUGCAGGGCCGAUGGACGGAGUUCACGGGGCGUGGCGGGGAGGCCUUCGACUGGCGCUGCAACCCGCAGGUCCGUCUACGCGCCAAGGAAGCCUGUCGCGUCGUCUUUGUGCUGUCGUAUCAGUCACUGGAUGAGCAGCGCGCGAACUUGCUUCAAGAGGAAGAGGAGGAGGAGGGGCAGAACAUCCGUCCUCGACUGCACGGCCGUCUCUUCAAGAACAGCUUCGCCGCCGAAAAGCGAUACCUGAAGGCGAUUGUGCCGCUGCCGCAGGGAUCCACCUUUGUCGCGAGCAACACCUUUGCCAGCAACAGCUACAUCACCACCUCCGCGAACUUGGAGAAAGAGGAGUCCUACGUGUACAUCCCCUUCACGGAGGCGCCUUUCCAAGACACCUAUCGCGUGUCCGUCUACUGCGACUCGGACGACGUCGAGAUCCAACCGUUGGAGGGGCAGACCAACGAGUGGCUCUGCACGUCGCUGGCCGGCACCUGGCAGGGCAAGCCGAUCUCCGUCAGGCUGGAGACGGCAGGGAAGAUGGUGGCCGUCAUGUACAGCCCAGGUGCCUUUGUCCGUCCUCGUGUGCUCAACGCGGCGCACAAGAAAAUUGGCGGGAUCGACUCCUACUGGAAUGCGGAGGCGGCCGUGGAGCACGACAGCAAAGGCACUACGACAGUGCAGGUGGAGGCGAUGAUGCGGGCGGAGGUCGGGGCCGACGGCGCGGUCCUCGCACGCUCGCCAACACGCGGUGGUGCGGCAGCGACGGCAACGACGUCGCCACGGCCGCAGCAAGUGCCGGCGAAGAACAUCAAGUUCGAUCUUUUUCUUUUCACAAGCGAAAGGUGCACUCUGGCAGACGUUGGCUUUGACGCGGCACCGAGUGCGUGGCCGUGCCCAACCCAGUCCACCUCGCGAGCGCUGCUCGCCUACGCGAUGAUCGCCGAGGACGUGGUGGGCGGUGCGGCCGGCGAUGUCGACGACGACGACGUGAGCGACGACCUGGUGGCCAGCUCCGCCUCGGAGGACGACCUCGGCAGCGGCGCCAACGGUGGUCGCGAGGCCGACUUGCUCAAAACGCUGGAGGCGCAGGAGGAGAAGAAUCGACAGCUCGAGGAGCAGCUGGCCGCGCAGACGCAGGAGCUGGAGGAGCUGCGACGGACCAAAGUGGCCCCCGCAAAGCCACUCACUGCUGGCGCGGCGGCGACGGCUGCCAGCCGGAAUGCGAAGAAGGGAAAAGCGACAGGUUCGCGGACAUCGCUGGACAGCUACACGGCCUUCUCCGAAGGUGGCACCGCGCAGAAAAAUACCAAUAACAGCGGCGGUGGGGCGGAGGGGCAGGGCGGCGCGAGUGCUCUUCUGCCCCCCGUGAGGGGCAACUCCCAGCGACCCGCGUCGACCGAGCGGCGAAGGAAUUCUGCACGUCCACCGGUGGCGGUGACCGACAAGAAAGCGAUCACUGCCGCCACCGCCGCGAGCCCCACCUCCAACAGCGGAUGGAAGCGUGCGGCCUCGCCGGGUGGUCGGCGCUCCUCCUCCAGCGCCGCUAAGUCCCCAACGAAGAGGGUGAGUGGCGCCUCUCCGACGACGAAAGCCCCGUCUGCACAGACAAGGGAGUCGAUCGAGUACACGCUGUCGAAGCUGAACGCCAUGAGCAAGCGUGUGGCCGCCUCGAAGGGCGAGGGGGGCUGGAAGGACACGCAGAAGGACAUCGAGGAAAUCCAGCAGAGACUGUUCAAGGCGCUGGAAUCGCUGCCGUAG